UCUGUCAAAUCUCGCGAGAUCAGUCUGGCGUUACCCCAUUUUCCAGCUGUCGCUGUGUUGGCUGGUAUUCCCAAUCCACCAAGAGUCUCAAAAAAGGAUUUUUAAGACAAAGCACCGCCGUUUAGGAUUAUAUACUAUUAUCAUUUGGUUAAACGAACCCUAAAUGAGUACAAUUAUCCUGUGAAUGGCAAUGGAAGUUGAACUAUGAGGUGUCCUGUCGUGGCAAAAGACUGAGAACAGUAUGGCGCAGUUCCCAACCACAUUCACAGGACCAGAUGUGUUCGCAAUCUCCGUGGAUGAGAGAGCCAAACAUGACCAGCAGUUCCACAGCCUCUCCCCGUCUGCUGGGGGCUUCAUCACAGGUGAUCAAGCUAGGAACUUUUUCCUUCAGUCAGGGUUGUCACCCCCCAUUCUGGCUCAGAUAUGGGCUCUGGCUGACAUGAACAGUGACGGCCGCAUGGACAUCCACGAGUUCUCCAUUGCUAUGAAACUCAUCAAAAUGAAGCUCCAGGGUCACCCUCUGCCCUCAGCUCUUCCUCCUAGCAUGAAACAGUCUCCGCUGCCUUUACCCCCUCAGACCGCCUUUGGGAUGCCCCCAAUGGCACCCAUCCCAACUCCCAUUCCAGCCCCUCAACCACCUCUCCCUUUACCUCCUCUUCCUUUGGGAGUAUCCCCCCCUCUUGUCUCGACUGCGCCUCCACCACUUCCACAGCCCAUUGCAAACGGCGCACCCCCCACAGCCAUGAUGCCCCCACUCUCAGGCUUUUCCCUCCCAGCUCCUGCUGCCAACAAAACAACCUCAUUUAACCGCUCCAGCGCCAAGCUGCAGAAAGGCUCAUCGCUGGACACUGCUGGCCCUCAGCCCCCCUCCGACUGGGCCGUUCCUCAGUCCUCUCGGCUAAAGUACAGGCAGCUUUUUAACUCUCACGACAAGAUGAUGAGUGGACACCUUACAGGCCCACAGGCUCGUACCAUCCUGAUGCAGUCCAGUCUUCCUCAGAGUCAACUGGCCACCAUAUGGAGCCUGUCAGACAUUGAUCAAGACGGAAAACUGACGGCUGAGGAGUUCAUCUUGGCCAUGCACCUCAUAGAUAUGGCCAUGUCAGGCUUACCGCUGCCACCUGUGCUUCCGCCUGAAUACCUCCCCCCAACAUUCAGGCGGGUGCGAAGCGACAGCGUUCAGUCAGACCAAAAAAGCAUCCAGGAGGAGGUGGAGGACGAAGCAGAGAGUAGCCAGGACAAGAAACUACCUGUGACCUUUGAGGAUAAGAAGAGGGAGAACUUUGAGCGAGGAAACCUGGAGCUGGAGAAGAGACGUCAGGCUCUGCAGGAGCAGCAGAGGAAGGAACAGGAGAGGCUGGCUGCGCUGGAGAGAGAAGAGCAGGAGAGGAAGGAGCGUGAGCGUCUGGAGCAAGAAAGAAAGCGGCAGAUGGAACUGGAAAAACAGCUGGAGAAACAGAGGGAGCUGGAGAGGCAAAGAGAAGAGGAGAGACGCAAGGAGCUGGAGAGAAGAGAGGCUGCCAAACGUGAGCUGGAGCGCCAGCGGCAGUUGGAGUGGGAGCGCCAGCGCCGGCAGGAGCUCCUGACUCAAAGAAACCGGGAGCAGGAGAGCAUCGUGCUGCUCAAGGCCCGCAAGAAGACCCUGGAGUUUGAGCUGGAGGCUCUGAAUGAUAAGAAGAACCAGUUAGAGGGAAAAUUGAGAGACGUCCGUUUUCGUCUGUCCAAUCAGAGGAAAGAAGUGGAGCAGACUAACCUGACCAGAGAAACGCGCAUUGCUGAGAUCACACAGCUGCAGCAGCAGUUAGAGGAGUCCCAGCAGUGGCUGGGGAGGCUGAUUCCAGACAAGCAGAGUCUGAACGAUCAGCUGAAGCAGGUUCAGCAGAGCAGUUUACACCGAGACAGCAUGUCAUCCCUGCAGAAGGCUCUGGACCUGAAAGAGAUCAGCAGAAAGCAGUUGCGAGAGCAGCUGGACCUAGUGGAGAGAGAAACCAGAGCCAAGCUGUUAGAGAUUGAUGCUUUCAACACGCAGCUGAAGGAGCUGAGGGAAAUCCACAGUCGGCAGCAGAGGCAGAAGCAAAAGGAUCUUGAAGGGGACGCACACAUUCAGACGCAAACGUGCUCUCAUGUGCACACACCGAGUGAGAGGAUGUCUGCCGAGCUGCAAGACAGCAGGUCCACCUCAGAGGAUGCUGUCUGCUGGAGGGAGGACAUGGGAAUCGCUGCCCCCGAAGCUCCCAGCCCCACUUCUGCCUCACAUGCCUGGUUAAACAGAGUCACAAAGGAAGAGGAGGAACGAAAGAGGAGGGGCAUGGAGGGGGAGGCUGGGGGCAGGAAGGGAGCAGCAACCCUGGAAGAGAAGGAGGAUGAAAGCCAGGAGAAGAGGGAAAUUCAUGAUAAACUCAACAAACUGUUCAGUCAGCCAGCAGACCCAUGGGCCUCUGCAGUGGAGAAGACGCAGGCUCCUGGCCUCUUUGAGAACAACACGGUUGUUGCUGGCGGCGAGCAGCAGCUGAAAGUGGUGUAUUACCGGGCGCUGUACCCAUUCGACGCCCGCAGCCAUGACGAGAUCAGCAUUGUGCCUGGAGACCUUAUCAUGGUGAAGGGGGAAUGGGUGGAUGAGUCCCAGACCGGAGAGCCUGGUUGGUUGGGCGGCGAGCUCAGAGGUCGCACUGGGUGGUUUCCAGCCAAUUAUGCAGAACGGAUCCCUGAGAGUGAUGUUCCCAUCAGCUUGCGAUCCACCACUUCCUCUGAAUCCCAACAGCCAAUAACCACGCCUCCUCCUGCCUCUGGACAUGGCUCAUCAUCUACAUCCUCUGUCAACAGUAACUGGGCUGACUUCAGCACAAAUUGGCCCCCAAACACGGCCAGUCAAUCAGACUCUGAGGGAUGGGAUGCGUGGCCAACCUCUUCAGCCAAUCAGAACCCCUCUUUGAGUGUUCCUUCAGCGCAGCUGCGACAACGCUCCGCCUUCACUCCUGCCACCAUGACAACCGGCUCCUCUCCCUCUCCUGUGCUGGGACAGGGGGAGAAAGUGGAAGGUCUUCAAGCUCAGGCUUUGUAUCCCUGGAGAGCCAAGAAGGACAACCACCUGAACUUCAACAAGAAUGAGGUCAUCACGGUGCUGGAGCAGCAGGACAUGUGGUGGCUCGGAGAACUCCAGAGCGGGCAGAGAGGCUGGUUUCCCAAAAGUUAUGUAAAGCUCAUCUCUACUAAUGUAGCACCUCCUGUGAGUGCGGUGGCACGCAGCAAAAACCCUAGUGAAUCUGCCAGAUCAGAGAGCCCGCCCAGUGAAAAGCGCUCACCCUCCUCGCUGUCGAACCAUGCAGAGACUGGAGAAGAGUACUUGGCCAUGUACACAUAUGAGAGCAGUGAGCAGGGGGACCUGAGUUUUCAACAAGGAGACAUCGUCGUGGUGACCAGGAAGGAAGGGGAUUGGUGGACGGGUAUGGUCGGGGGGAAGACUGGAGUUUUUCCAUCCAAUUAUGUGAAACUUCGCGACUCUGCGAUGGAGUGUCUGGGACCUGCAGGGAAGACCGGCAGUCUAGGGAAGAAGCCAGAGAUCGCACAGGUGAUCGCGCCGUACACUGCAACAGGGCCAGAGCAGCUGACACUGGCUCCGGGACAGCUGAUCCUCAUCAGGAAGAAGAAUCCAGGGGGUUGGUGGGAGGGAGAGCUCCAGGCUCGGGGGAAAAAGAGACAGAUAGGCUGGUUUCCUGCCAAUUAUGUCAAGCUGCUGAGCCCCAGCACCAGCAAGACCACUCCCACUGAGCCAACCAUCACCAAAGUGGCCCCUCCCACCACAGCCGUGUGUCAGGUGAUCGGCAUGUACGACUAUGUGGCGCAGAACGACGAUGAGCUGGCCUUCCAGAAGGGUCAGGUCAUCACCGUGCUCAACAAGGACGACUGUGAUUGGUGGAAAGGAGAGCUCAACGGGAGAGAGGGCCUGUUUCCUAGCAACUAUGUCAAAUUGACCACAGAUACUGACCCCAGCACACAGUGGUGUGCUGACCUUCACCUGCUGGACAUGCUGAGCCCCAUGGAGAGGAAGAGGCAGGGGUACAUCCAUGAGCUGAUUGUCACAGAAGAGAAUUACGUCAACGAUCUGCAGCUUGUUACAGAGAUUUUCCACAAACCUCUGCUGGACUGUGAGCUGCUGUCAGAGAAGGAGGUGGCCAUGAUCUUUGUUAACUGGAAGGAGCUCAUCAUGUGUAACAUCAAACUGCUCAAGGCGCUAAGGGUGAGAAAGAAGAUGUCAGGUGAUCGAAUGCCUGUGAAGAUGAUUGGAGACAUCCUGACCAAUCAGCUGCCUCACAUGCAGUCGUACAUCAGAUUCUGUUCAUGUCAGCUGAAUGGAGCCACUCUGAUUCAACAGAAGACUGACGACAACCCAGACAUCAAAGACUUUCUCAAGAGGUUGGCCAUGGACCCCCGCUGUAAGGGAAUGCCUCUGUCUAGCUUCCUGCUCAAACCCAUGCAGAGAGUCACCCGUUACCCCCUCAUCAUCAAAAACAUCUUAGAAAACACAUCAGAGGCCCAUCCAGACCACAGCCACCUGAAGACUGCUCUGGAGAAAGCAGAGGAGCUCUGCUCACAGGUCAACGAGGGCGUCCGGGAGAAGGAGAACUCUGACCGUCUGGAGUGGAUUCAGGGUCACGUUCAGUGUGAGGGUCUCUCAGAGCAACUGGUCUUCAACUCUGUCACCAACUGCCUCGGCCCACGCAAGUUCCUCCACAGUGGAAAGCUGUUCAAGGCCAAGAGCAGCAAGGAGCUCUACGGCUUCCUGUUCAACGACUUCCUGUUGCUGACACAGGUGAUCAAACCUCUGGGCUCAUCAGGGUCAGACAAAGUCUUCUCCAAAACUCACCUGCAGUACCGCAUGUAUAAGACGCCGAUCUUCUUAAAUGAAGUGCUGGUGAAGCUGCCGACAGAUCCGUCAGGAGACGAGCCUCUGUUCCACAUCUCUCACAUCGACAGAGUUUACACUCUCAGAGCCGAGUCCAUCAAUGAGAGAACGGCCUGGGUUCAGAAAAUCAAGGCGGCUUCGGAGCUCUUCAUUGAGACGGAGAAGAAGAAGAGGGAGAAGGCAUAUCUAGUGCGCUCUCAGAGAGCCACGGGAAUUGGUAGACUGAUGGUCAACAUCGUGGAGGGGAUCGAGCUCAAACCCUGCCGCUCUCACGGAAAGAGUAACCCGUACUGUGAGGUGACCAUGGGCUCGCAGUGCCACAUUACUAAGACCUUACAGGACACACUCAACCCAAAGUGGAACUCCAACUGCCAGUUUUUCAUCAAGGAUCUAGAGCAGGACGUCCUGUGUGUCACUGUGUUUGAGAGGGACCAGUUCUCACCUGACGACUUCCUGGGCAGGACAGAGAUCCGUCUGGCUGAGAUAAAGAAAGAUCAAGGCUCUAAAGGACCAAUCACAAAAAGGCUGCUGCUCCAUGAGGUUCCUACAGGGGAGAUCGUGGUCAGGCUGGACCUGCAGCUGUUUGAGGAAGCGUGAACCAGACCAUGCUGGACUAUUGAUCUGUGGAAGAACUAGGAAAGCAGACCUGAACUAGAGUGGACAGGAAGGCCUGGAUGCUCUUGUUGUUCACAUUCAGUGGGUGUUUUCUCGUGAUAACCCCCCACCCCAUGCUGUGCAGUGGAUGUUUGUCCAAGUUUAUCUUCAGUUUUGGUUUUUAUCAAUUUCAAGAGUUUGACACACUGGAGUACUAUCAAGUUUUAGAUUUCUUUAUUUUUUCAUGUGUCAUCUGUCUGAAUUUAGUUGACUUUUUAUAGAGGGGAUAACUCAAGUAAGAUCAUGAUCCAGCCUGAUUGAAGGUGAUUAUUUUAAUAUUUAGACCUGAAAAAAUUCAGGUUGCUUUCCUCUGUUGGUGGAUAACUUCAGGAACAAUCAGACUCCCCAAACUUCUGAAGAAGCUGCUCUGACGACACUCGCUCUUUCAGAUCUCCACUAUCAAGAAAAGCCCAAACAAGCCGGACCGGUCCGGUCUGGUCCGAUCCGGUCCAGCUUCCUACUACACGGCUCAGAGUUGAACUUUGUUAAUAUUUUCUCUCCUCCUUGUGCAAACCGGCUUUCCUACACUGCAGUGACGAUCCCCACCGUCCUUUUGUGUCCGAGCAGAACCGGCCGUGCGUGUGCUGGUGUGUGUUUGGUUUAGAAGUUGAUGCUCGUCAGGCUCAGGUUGAAAGAAACAGCAUGAAGUCACUUUGAAUUUCAAAAUGUUCAGCUUCUCUGGGAAUGAUGAUGAUGGUUGAGGAUGAGCUGAACAUGUAGAAGGGUUUGAACAACUCUGAGGCUCCUUUUUUCUUGGUGCAGAAAGUAUAAAAACAUCUAAACUCCAUGGCUGCACAUGCAGAAACAUGAUCUGACACCCCUCACACAGUUUACCAAGUAUUCUCUUUUGAUAUCAAGGAUAUGUGAUGGGAGGAAGUAAAAGUGUUAUCUUUGUAGGAUUUAUUGGUAUUUAAGCCCUCCAUUUAAGAAAAAAACUGAAUUUAUUUGAAGGAACUUUGGUCUGAUUCAAACUGAGGUGUGUUAACUUUAGCAUUAUCCAAACAAUUUUAGGAUUUCUGAUUCAAAAAAGAUCUUUUUUUUGCACUAUAUGACCCAGGACCCCAACUUUGAUUCACUUCAUUUUAACAUUGAGUAUUUAUUCGUCACCUGUCAACAACAGCCAGGGAACAGUAACUGCAGAACUUGUGGAAACCAGCACUUUUUGUAAAUCAGGACCUUUGUUGGCUUGUGAGCUACAAGUGAGGUAUAAGAUGUGAAAGUUUAACUUAUUUCCAGAAGUUCCUUUGAUAAUCCCAACAGUGGAUCUUCACAGGAACUAGUUAAAAAGUAACAGAGUUAAGUGUUUUUGGUUUUUUUUGGUGCCUUCACGCUACCAUCUUCACGGUUCUUUAACCACCCUUAAUUGUAUCAUUAAUAUGAUUUUCCAGGAUUUUAAAAGAAAAACUCAGGAGUUACUUUGUAAACGUUUGCUAACCUGAGUUUUCAAAAUGGCUGCUUGACAACCACUAAGAUUGGAGAUGUUACUUAACGAGCUAACGUACUUUGCUGAUUAGCAAAUCUAGUUAGUGAUUUUAUUUUAAUGCCAAGAGACAACAGUUACCUAAGUGACCAGCCACUGUUUGAUCAGCAGCUCGACAUGUCAUGGACUUGUGAAGGAAUGUUUGUAGUUUCUGGGACAAAACUGAAGGUGUUCAUAAAGCUUCCUGCCCCCACGCUGUGCUGAGCUGAAACUAACCUGAACCGGUUUGAGCCUGUUCCAGAGUCCACUCUCCAGGAUGUGUAACAUACUGUGGUCAUCUGAACGGUAACACACGAGCACGGGAUAAGCACACGCUGCUGUCCGUGAUCGCCGUAGAAGAGGAAGUACGUUAUUGUCUUUAAAUGUUGAGAAUAAAAUUCAGGUGGACCAAGA